UUAUGCAGUAAAAUUCUUAUGUAAUCUAUCAUAAAUUUAGCCGCGCGUCUCUGGUUGGCGCUCGCUUGGACCGGCCGACUUUUGAACCCACCCGAGCUUCACGUCAACCAGCCUUGGGAGUUGGUUGUUGACCCAUGACCCUUGCUUCCUCCUUCCCCAUCUUCUCCAUCACCUGGUGAAAUUCUUUUCGCGCUCUUCGUAACCAUGGCGCGAAACAGUGAAAAGGCGCAGUCGAUGCUGUUCCGGUUCCGGGCCCAACAAGCCGCGGAUCUCGGCAUCAUCGACAUCGGACGCACGCGCCGCCCCAAGGCCAUCACGUCGGUGGAUUCGAUCCCGAACUGCGAAAAAUGGCGCGGCCAGGUCCUGAAGGAGAUCUCGCGCAAGGUGUCUCGCAUCCAGGAGUCCAGUCUCAGCGACUACCAGAUCCGCGACCUGAACGACGAGAUCAACAAGCUGAUGCGCGAGAAGUGGGCUUGGGAGAUGCAGAUUCGGAACCUGGGCGGGCCCAACUACAUGCGUGGCACGGGGAGGGUGUACGAUGAUGAAGGGCGCGAGAUCCCCGGCGGCGGCAAGGGGUAUCGAUACUUUGGACGCGCGAGGGAGUUACCCGGUGUCAAGGAGAUGUUUGAGGCGGCUGCUCGACGGGGUCGCGGGCCGGCGGAGGAGGAGGGCGAGGACCGUGGUCGUGGGGGCGAGAUUGCGACGAGGAAGGUCGAUGCGAAUUAUUUUGGGUAUGGACUGGAUGAGGAGGAUGGGACGCUGUUGGCGUAUGAGAAGCAGAAGGAGAAAGAGGCGAAUGAGCGUCUGCGCGCGCAGGCAGACGACGAUGCUGAGGAUGGGUGGCAGCCGUUGCCUGGCGAUGCUGGGGACGGGACCGAAUGGCGACUGCCGACUCUCGAUGAGGUGCAGGAAGAGCUGGUGGACCGUCGGAGGAGACGACUGCUGGAUAAGAUCACUUGAGAGAUGAGGGGUGGUAAUGUGUCCGUCCAUGGAUUGGCGUGCUAGGCGUCUGUUUGCUUCCUUUCGUCUUUUCUCUCCGCUUUAUGCGGCCACACUUGUCGGGCGUUCUGGAUCUGUUUUGUUCUUUACUGCGAUUCCUCUCAUGGUUCAUUCUGCCCUUUUCCCAUGCUUCUCGGUUUUGUAUCUUAUGCAUUUGAAGGAAGGCACAAAAGCCCUUGAUGAUACCAACGUGACUCGACCAUUUUUUCUAAUUUUCUUUUCUACCGUUUUGGAGACCAUGUCAUAUUUCAUAUUAGCCUCGCAAAACCUAACGUGUGCUUGUUUC